AUGUCAAGUGAUGAUAAAAAUAAAUCAACUGAUUCCAAGACUGAACAAAAGAACUGUGACCCCAAGUGUGAGCAGAAGUGCGAGAACAAAUGCCAGCCCAGCUGUUUAAAGAAGCUGCUUCAACGGUGCUCUGAAAAGUGCCCACGGGAAAAGUGCCCGCCACCACCAAAGUGCCCCCCGCCCUGCCCCCCACCUUGCCCUCGCAACUGCCCACCUCCCUGCCCUAACAAGCCUUGUGCCAAGCCCUGCCCUCCUAAAUGCCCACCUCCAUGCCCCCCGAAAUGCCCACCCCCAGAGUGA